UGAUCGGACAGGCCUGCAGGGACUGAGCGGAGGCGGGGGAGGCCGGAACUUGAGCCAGGGGAGCCGGGAGAACUAAGACACCGAGGCCCGAGCGGUGGUACCGAAUUGGCCCAUUGUGUGAGGACAGGAUGAGCAGGUAACACGUCAAACUCCAGAACAAAAUCACAAUGUCAGGAGAGUCCAACUCUGCUAGUGAGCCAGAACUUGACCCGGAAGAUAUGGAAGAAGGAGAUGAAGAUGAUGAUGACGACGAGGAGGAGGAGGAGGAGGAAGAAGAAGAGGAAGAUGAGGAUGAGGAGCACGAUGAGGAUGAGAAUGAUGGGGAUGAUGAAGAAGACAUGCCUGACAAAAAGGAGAGGUCCCAGAGUGCAGCUGUAGGCGCAGACAAUUCUGAGCAAGAUGGAGAGGAAGGAUGGAAGCAGUCAGCUACCUCAGGAAAGAAAGAAACUGAGGAGGCAAUGAAACGAGCACUAAAACCAGCAAACCUGAGAAGGAACAUUCGUAAGCUGCUCCGAGAGGAUCAACUGGAAGAGGUGACCAAGACAGCUCAACAAUUAGAGCUAGAGAGACGCAAACGUCUAGAGCAGCAGAGGAAAGAUUACCCACUACCUGUUAUUCCCACUCUCCCCGCUGAGGCUCUUGACUUCCUUCAAGUGAGUCAUCUGAUCUCUUCCUCUCUCAAGGCAAAGGAAGUCAUGUGUGAUUAUCAGCCAGGCAUGCUGCACAACUCUCCAAAAAUGGUUUUACUUUUUCAUCUGAUUGAGGAAAGCAUGCUAUUAGGGGACAAGAUCCUGGUGUUCAGUCAAAGCCUCUCCACGCUCUCCAUCAUAGAAGAGUUCCUAGGCAAGAGAACAAUGCCAAUUCCACCAGGAACAGAGGGAGAGGAAGUACACACAUGGGUCAAAAACCUCAACUACUACCGACUUGAUGGCAGCACAUCAGCAUCUGAAAGGGAGCGUUUAAUAAACCAGUUUAAUGAUCCUAAUAACAAGAAUGUGUGGCUCUUUCUGCUAUCUACAAGAGCUGGAUGUUUGGGAGUAAACUUGAUCGGUGCAAACCGUGUUGUAGUGUUUGAUGCCUCUUGGAAUCCAUGUCAUGAUGCUCAGGCAGUUUGCAGAGUGUACAGAUAUGGACAGAGAAAACCCUGCCACAUCUAUCGGUUGGUGUCUGACUAUACUCUUGAAAAGAAGAUAUAUGACCGCCAGAUUACUAAGCAGGGAAUGUCAGAUCGUGUGGUCGAUGACCUGAACCCAGAUGUAAAUUUUACUCGCCGAGAAGUAGAGAAUCUGCUACAUUUUGUAGAAGAGGAACCAGACCCCUCUCGGCAGCACCUGGACCCUUCAGGAUACUGUGAGACUGUUCUUCAAAAAGCCUGUUUGCUGUACCCCAACCUCAUCACCAGGGAGCCUUUCCAGCACGAAUCUCUUCUUCUAGAUCGCAAAGAGCAAAAACUGACACUUGCAGAAAAAAAGGCUGCAAAACGCAGUUAUGAAGAGGAAAAACGAGCAUCUGUGCCAUACACACGACCCUCAUACACUCAGUACUACCCUGCACCAGAUCACAGUCUCUCUAAUAUCCCUGCAUUUAGUCAGAGGAACUGGCGACCUCUACCAAAAGGGGAUGACAGACCAAUAGCCAGUGUACGACCAUUGCAAUCCACACCUAUCCCCAUGAUGCCGCGCCAUGUCCCGCUAACCCACGCUGGACCUGCACCACCUACCGUUCACCCUUAUAACUUCCCAGUCAACUACCUGCAGAGAGCUGGCGUCCUAGUGCAGAAGGUUGUGACUACCACAGAUAUUGUUAUUCCAGGAAUGACCACAUCCACGGAUGUCCAGGCACGAAUUAGUGCAGGCGAGAGCAUUCAUGUUAUACGUGGCACAAAAGGAACAUAUAUCCGUACUAGUGACGGGCGAAUAUUUGCUAUCAGAGCAAGUGGGAAGAAGAGCGGAGAAGGAAGGCGCCUAGCACCCUCAGGUUCCCAGGGCCCCUCUGGGCACUAUUUAAGCAAUGGACGUCACGUCUCCACAAACCCCACAACCAACAACUCAGAAGAUCCCUCCAGACCUCUUUCCCCAGACAGUCCUGAGAUUUUGAAUGAGCUACAACAGUAUGCAGAUGCAGCAGCUUCCCGUGGUUCCCACUCAACCCCUCAGCUGUUGCCCCAGAACAUCCCUUUGCAGAGUUUGAACAAAGUUCCUAACUUGCAGUCAAGGAAGCGCAAGGAGCCUUCUGGCCAAUCUAGCCGCUGGCACCCAAACAAGAGGCAGGUUUAUCCAUUAUUGGGUUACCCCAAUGCAGCCAGCUUUGGGUUGCCCCCCUCUACAAUGAACCAUGGCCUUUCUCGGGCUUCAAACUCUGUAUAUAUGGGGGCUGGUGGCUCUUCCCACUUCCAGCUACCCUCAAUGCUGCCAGACCCCCAGAUGAGCCUUCCAAUGGUUUCAGACUCAUUACUAACAUCAUCAUCAGGCGCUACCUCUACCCCAUCUGGUGCGUCUCCGUAUCUGUUGCCACCCAAUUAUCCUUUACCUUUCUCACAGCCCCUGCUCCCACAAACCAGGAUGUUUGCCCCCUUCCCUUCAUCACUGCUAAACCGGGGGAUCCCCACCAAUAGUUCAGCCUCAGCCUUCCCUGGCUACCUCUCUUCUCAAUCUGGGUACUCAUCAUCAUCUAAUGCUGGUUCAUCGCGACACUUCCCUGCAAGUGAGGCUGACGUGGGUUCAAGUGAGGAUGAUGGCCGAGACGACGAUGAUGUGGUUGAGGUGACAGGGAAAUAAGAUAACCUUGAUUGGUGAGAAACUCUGAUCUUUAGAUUCACAGCUGGCAAACUGGUAAAGGAGCUGGUGAGUGUGGAGUAAAGCUUCAAGCAAGGAAUUGGCUCAGCCUUCCUGGAACUGGCCCAGGGUAUAGUUGCCACCACAUCCAUCAUUCCACAAGUAGAGAUCGAUGACUUGGCAAAAAGCCUCAUCUCUCUUAUUCCCUGCUGCCUUUAUUACAAGCAGGGACAAGGCAACAACAAAAAACAAGUUGUCAAAAUAAGUGGCAGCUCACAAACUUCUGUAUUCCUUCCCGAUCUCACCCUUACUGAAUGUUUCUUACGAUCAGUCUUGUCGUAGACUCUGGUCAGGCCAUUUAACUGGUCUUUUAGUCUGUUUCUGUACCAAACUUAACAUCCAGGCAACAUUGUGCAACUAUCUGAUCUCUUGAAUUAUAUUUCUUCAGACACUGAGGUCUGUUACACUUAACCUGCGUCAUCCAUGUCUAUUAGUUGCACACAAUGGAGGAGCAUCUGACUGGCAGCAUCGAGCAUCUCAUGUAUUUAUGGAGGAAAGAAAUCUGAAAACAUGUUUUAUCUUGCAACUGAUAACUGAAAACUAACUAGUAGUGAAAGGGUUAGGAUCAGCAACGUAGACAAACAGGCUACAUCAUAUUCCAUUUGUAAACUUAACAGCUAGUUAGGAUAAAACUGGUUUUAGACUAUAGUGAAGCACUCUCUUUUUAUCAAGUUAAGUUUACAACAACAAUGUGAUGUAGCCCUGAUAUGAAAAUUUAUAUAGUCUACUCAAUGCAGUAUAAUUACAGCAAUGACAAUUUUUCAAUAAAACUGUAAACAUCUUCAAUAAAAUUCCCGAAAUACCUUUUGGUGCCUCAACUGUAUAAAUAUGAGGUCAAUAGUAGCAUACAACAAGAAUGUUAUAUGUUUUAAGCCAUUUUUUUCCGUUAGAGAGCAAGAACCUACUUUCAAAUCUUAUUUUAUGUUUUUGUUCUUUGUUUAAUGUGCAUUGGAUUGCCAGACACCGUUCAUGCAUAUAAAAAGGUCUAACUGCAACACAAAGAUACCCUGCAACACUCGUUGUGUGCUUUACAAAAUCAUGCAUUAAACAGUUUUAUUUUUAGAUUUACUCUGCCAGCACACACCAAACAAUACAUUACUUAAAGGGACAUUGGUUAUUUUUAAAGCCUUUUUUAUGUAUUAUAGUAAAGGGAUGUUCCAAUGCUGAAACAUUCACUUUUUUUUUUUUGUUCUUAUACUUCUGGGGCAUAACUGUUCGUCAAUAACGUGGAAGUUUUGCUGAUCAGUCAGUUACAAUCCCAAUUCUUAUUAUUUUUAUAAUAAACCACUUUAACAUAAGCAUUUUACCCAUACAAUUUUUUUUUUAACAUGCUUAAAGGCAUAUAAAGCUCACAUUUUUUUUCUUUUUUUUUCUUUCAAGAUUCGGAUAGAGCAUACAUUUUUUUAAAAAAGCUUUCCAAUACCAAUAAUGCUAUAUAUAAUUGUGAACACUUGGACAGCAGCAGUGUUUCCACAAUGUUUAACAUUAUUAAAAGAAUUGCUGCACAUCUGCUGUCAUAUAGUGCAUGUUUUUCGGCCUUCCUAGGUAUGCUUAUAAACAAAAGAUACCAAGAGAAGGAAGUAAAUAUCAUGAUAGAAAUAAAUUGGAAGGUUAUUUAAAUGUGUACACUCUCUCAAUCAUGAAACAAAAAAAGUAUAAUUUCCUUCUAAGCAGUGCUGUUAACUGUGCAUGAUAGAAAUUUGUAUUAUCACUCCUUACUUCAGGUUACAUGUUUGUAAGUUAAACAAAAAAACAACUUAAGUUAUUAUCUGUUGUACACUUUUAUGUGAAUUUAAAAACAAGUUAUAAACAUUUGAAUGAUGUCUGCUACUUCCGCACACAGCCUUUUGUUGAUUAACCUUAGUUAUAAACCAUUUGAGCAAUAGUGAUAUGGGAGAAGACAGCAUGAUGGAACUAUUUAAAGGGUUUUUAUUUAUUUUUGUUUUAGAUGUACACAUAAAACUAUAUUCUUUUUCUACAUUUUGUUUUAUUACAUUUAACUAUAAAGUUUUUUUCCCCCAUACUGUUGAAGUAGUGAAAUAUAUAUAUAUAUAUAUAUAUAUAUAUAUAUAUAUAUAUAUAUAUAUACAUAUACACACAUCCGUUUCAAGCCUAGAGGUUGUGAGAUGUUGCGAAAGCUUUGGAGGAUCGUAUAGUCUGGGCAAGCUCAUUUCUGUACCUUUUUGCUUUGUCUUUUAACACUUUAAAUCCCAGACCUCUCUUUAGGGAUAUGAUGGCAGACAUCUGAUGCGCACCUGCCUAGCUUCGUGUCAUUCGUAGAGACUUAAACAGGAAUAACAUUACCAACAGAACCAGAAUCUUCUGGGGCAUCUGGACUGUUAUAAGCUACAAAGCUGGCCACUCAUUGUUUAUAUAAAAAGAAACUAUUUAUUUCUACUUUCUUGUGUCCCAUGUCAUUUUUUAAGUAUAUAAAGAAAAAAGAAAAAAAACAUUAAUCAAAGGUGUAAUGUUGGUAAGGCUAAAUUAUUCCUUGCCUGGUUUUCUUUUUGUAAAAUAAAUGUUAAAUCUGAGAAAGACGAGA